AAAAAGACGACCUCUUUCUGCUCUUCUCUCUUCUGCUAUUUAUUCCCAGCAGUACCCACCCAUCCCCAAACAUGAGUCUCUACGCCGACUACCCGUUCCCAUGGUCCUUCGAGGCACCCCCACCUCCACCCUCGCGUUCAACUACUCUUCCCCGCGUCGCGCUCGCCGGCAGUCUGGAUCCAACGACGGGGAUCUUCUACCGCACUCCAGAGCACCCUAGACUGCGUACUGCGCAGGCAUGCGAGAAAUGUAGGACACGGAAGGCAAAGUGCUCUGGUGAUCACCCCUCAUGCGCUCGUUGCCUCGCAAGAGGGCUUACCUGCGAAUAUGCCAAGGAGGGCCGCAUUCGCGGACUCAACAAGACGAGGUCCCGCGGCUCACCGUCUGAUUCUCCCGUGUUGUCGUCAUUGCACCAUGCUCGGCGCGCGGUAGACCGCCCACCACUGAAACUAGAGCCUCUCAGCUCUUGCCUGCCGCUAUCCUUGCCUCGAAAGCACCCUGCACCUACUGAACGGCGCCUGACUGUCUCCACGAGUUUCGAGCACGGCUACGGCCUCGACGCUACAUAUCCCCCGUCGCAUGUUCGAUCAGCUUACAUGAGCUCGACGUCUCUGCCCAAUCCUGCGCCGUCAUUCCCAUGCAAUUCUUCGCCCUCGAUGGCGUACACAGCCUCGUCUCCCCCGUAUUCCGCAGCCAGCCAUUGCACUCUGGAUGGUUAUGGGGCACCGUCAUCCGAUCCGUCCCAGUGGACGACUGCAGAGCAGUCUUACUCGCCUUUGCCCUACCCGCAAUAUUCUCUGACGCCGGCGUCCUCAUAUUCGGACCUUCGCUCGUCAGGAUCUCAAAAUUCGAUAGCCGCACCGCAUCCACAAUAUCCCCCGCAGUCCCUGUCGUACCAGACACCACACUAUGCCGAGAGCGAGUGCACCCCAUCGCCUUCUUCUGCGGCUUCUUCGCUGCUCUAUGACGAAUCUGUCAACAGCACAUCUGCAUCCCGCCGAUGGGGUUUCGAUCCACCAUUCGCCUAGACGAAAAUUCACUUAUCAUCGUUUCUCUUUGCCUUGUCUUUAUUACCGCUCGCGCACAUCGUGGUUGUAGAUAUCUCUCCCUCUCUCCGCCGGCAUCCCAUGGACUGCCCUGCAAUUGUUUCUACGGUACAAGUGUGUAAAUAUAAACCAAGUUUGAAAUGUACAUAACGAAUUGCUCGAAUAAUUGUAUCACACUUU